AUGAAAGCAGCAGUAAUGCACACCCCUGGCGGGCCAGAAGUGCUCAAACUCGAAGAGCGCCCAAUCCCCACCCCAGAGCCCGGCUGGGUCCUCAUCCGCGUCAAAGCCUUCGGCCUCAACCGCUCCGAACUCUUCACCCGUCAAGGCCACAGCCCGGGUCUCAAAUUCCCACGCAUCCUCGGCAUCGAAGCCACGGGGCUCGUCGAAUCGGCACCCGGCGGCGAGUUCCAGGCCGGCGACAUCGUGGCCACGGCGAUGGGCGGGAUGGGGCGGGCGUUCGAUGGUGGGUACGCGGAGUUCACUUGUGUUCCAGCCGGGCAGAUCCAGAAGUUGACGACGAAGCUUGGGUGGGAGGUUUUGGGCGCUUGUGGGGAGAUGCUGCAGACGGCGUAUGGAUCGUUGUUUAAUAGUCUGCAGAUGAAGAAGGGGGAGUCGUUGUUGGUGAGGGGUGGGACGACGAGCAUUGGGUUGGCGGCUGCGGCGAUUGCGAAGAAUCAUGGGAUUAAGGUUAUUUCGACCACGAGGAAUCCGAAGCGAGAAGAGUUGUUGAAGAAGAGUGGUGCUAGUGUUGUGAUUGUUGAUGAUGGGUCGAUUGCGGAGGAGGUGAAGAAGCAGACUGACGGGGGAGUGAACAAGGUGCUGGAGCUCAUUGGGACGACUUCGUUGCUCGACUCUUUGCAGUGUACGCAGCCGCAUGGCAUUGUCUGUAUGACGGGAAUGGUGGGAAACUCUUGGAGUCUGAAGGAAUUCUCACCAAUGGACGCCAUCCCCGUCUCCGUCUGCCUGACCAUGUACGAUGGCGGCCCGAAGGCUUUCAUGAGUACGCCGCUGCAGGAGAUGGUCGAGCAGAUCGAGGCUGGGACGCUGCCAAUCGCGGUCGGCAAGACGUUCAAGCUGGACGAGAUUGUGGAAGCGCAUAGGACGAUGGAGGAGAACAAGGCGGGUGGGAAGAUUGUCGUAUUGCCUUAA